AUGGAGAUACCAGAUUAUAAAUUCAAUAUUUAAAGUGAUAAACCAUCAUUGCAUGAGCAAUUAAGGGCUAAGCUUAAUCCAUUUUAAGUAAAAAUAGUAUCAUGUGAAAAUCUUCAAAUUUAAGCAGAAAAAUCAUACGAAUUAUGUUACUUCUUCUAUAUAUUUUAUAUUGGAACCAUGAUUAAUACUAAUAUGCAAGUUUAAAGGUAAGACAUAUACUUUAAUUCUACACACAUUUUUUAUUGGGAAAAAUAGAUAUUGCAAAAUAUUUUGAAACUAAACCAUUAAAAUUUGAAUUGCACGACAAAGAUGAAGUAGUGA